GCUAUUUUCUGCAUCGUCUCGCGAUGGCGACGCAGUUCUCAACGCCGCGCCAUGCAGCGCGGCGCAUUGGAGCGAUUCCUUCCGUUGCCGUUCCUUUUGUAGAUGUUCCUCCGAUACCUCCUGCAGUAGAAGAUCACCGGUUCACGUCUCCUCGCGGGGCGGCUGCGACCACGGCUCGGUCCACCUCGAGCAACUCGGAGUUGUUCGACUUUUCCACCCCUCGACAUGAAAACACAUCGUACUCCUCGGACGAACGCGAAGACGAUACCGCGGCCCGUCCUCCUCCCCGUCCGACAUUGGCGUUGCAACCUCAACGCUCAUACUACAAAGACAUUGCGUUCGCAAAGCCUGUCAAGCCCGUCGACGUGUUCUCGCUCGUGCGACACAACCGCGUGGACGACGUAAAGACCGUGCUGGACAAUGGACUGCCAGUGGACAUUACAGACGAGAACGGCAACACUCUCCUCAUUAUCGCGUGCCAGAACGGUCUCAAGCGGCUGACAAAGGAGCUCCUCCGUCGCGGCGCCAACAUCAACGCGUGCAAUAAACGGCGCAACACGCCGCUGCACUUUUGCUUUGCGUAUGGAUACGGAGAGACGUUAGGCGCGUACUUGAUCUCGAAAGGUGCCGACGUAACGCUGACCAACGACGAUGGCCUCGAGUGCUACUACGGCAUCGAGCCUCCCCAGCAAAUGCAUGCGAGAGCGCCAAACGCAGACGUGAUGGGAGCUCCACCGCCUCGUCAUCGCCCGAUUCACUUCAGUACUGCAUGAGGGCGGCACAUCGGUCGACUUCAGGCACGCGAUGAGAUAAAUACAUUUUCAACGUCAUAUUGAACAACCCGUGUUGGGAUUACUCGAGUUAACCACCCAGCUUGACGCGCUUAGUAGAAAAAGCCAAUGAUCUUCCCACCGGUCUGCUUGCGGCGGGCUUCGUUGUGGUCCAUGAUGCCGUAGGUCGUGGAGAGAACAAGGUGCCCGAAUUGGCGCGAAGGCAGCAAGUUGUUGAUCCACUUUUCAAUGUCGUGCUGCUUGACGUCGAAGCGGGGCGAGAUGACACCGCACUUGUUGAUGCGUCCGCGCAAUUCCACCACGAUCUUGCCACCACGGUGGUCGUCGACGAUUUCAAAUUCGCCAAUGUACCCGUUCUUUUGCAUGGUUUGCAAAAACUUGACGAUCACCUUCGACGAAGGGCGCACGAGGACUUGGCGCUUGCCGCGCUUUUCAGCGUUGUAGAUGGUCUUGAGGCAAUCGGCGAGAACGGACAUGCGCACCAUGCUACAUGAGCAAACACACAAGCACACAAGUGAGGUCCAUGUGUCGAUGCCAAGGUCAGAACGUC